CGGGGAAUCUGCGUGACGUUUGCUCCGAGCUGCGCUUCCUGGUUACGGCAUAUCCAAGCUAGGCUAUCAACUCGCUGGUUGUCUUCUCUCGGGUUUCCGCAGUUCGUCUUCCCCGCGUUGACAGACUGACAUCAGAUAGGACUUCCACCGCUAACCCUCCAGGAUGUCUUUCCUGGAGAAGCCGGCCCCCGGCAGCCUGCUACUAGACGAUACAGUGCCCCUGACGGCGAUGAUCGAAGCCAGCCAGAAUCUGCAGUCCCACACGGAGUACAUCAUCCGAGUCCAGAGGGGUGUGUCUUUAGACAACAGCUGGCAGGUGAUUCGACGUUACAGUGACUUUGACGUUCUUAACAACAGCCUGAUGGUGUGCGGCAUCACCCUCCCUCUCCCUCCUAAGAAGCUCAUUGGAAACAUGGACCGGGAGUUCAUUGCAGAAAGGCAGAGAGGACUGCAAACUUAUCUGGACACAAUUACCCAGCAUCCUCUGCUUUGCAGCUCCCUCCCAGUCAAGAAGUUUCUGGACCCCAACAACUACUCUGCCAACUACACAGAAAUUGCCCUGCAGCAGGUCUCCAUGUUCUUCAGGUCAGACCCAAAGUGGGAGGUCCUGGAGCCUCUCAGAGACAUGGGCUGGAGGAUCAGAAAGAAAUAUUUUUUAGUCAAAAACAAAGAGCAGACCAAAGAGAGGUACCUGCUGAGCUGGGUGGACCUGGGUCCUGAUAAGUUCCUGUCAGACAAAGACCUGCAGUCAGCCAUAAAGCUGUUGACCAGCCUGUCUAUCCCAUAUCUCUGUCCACUGUUGUUCUCUAGCACCAGUGAGUCUUCAGCGCUGCUCAUCCGGCCGUUCAGUGAGAAGGGCUCUCUGAGAGACCACAUCUGUAAGGUGAAGCCCAGGGAGAGUUACCUGAAGAAGUACUGCAAUCCAAAGAAGAGUCAGGGCCUCGAGCUCCCACACAUAAAGCUGUACGGCCGACAGAUUUUGGAGGGACUAAAGCUCCUCCAUGACGCUGGUAUAUUUUUUGGUCACCUGCACACGUCUAACGUUCUUGUCGAUGACGGCGUGUGUCGACUGAUGGACGUGGAGAACGGCAUGCUGGGAGUUCCCUCUGCACUGCGACCUGCCUUCACCCAGUUCAGGAAAAUUAACACCACAGAGAGCAUUGAUGUCUUCUGCUUUGGACAUUUACUGUACGAGAUGACGUACGGCCGACCGCCAGACAGCGUGCCCAUUGAGCAGUACCCCCCUGCCCCCUCCACAGCUGUGGUGUCGGUGCUGCAGUCCAUUCUGUCCACAGAAGCCUGUAAAAGCGGGAUGCCAACAGUGUCGGCACUCAUGCAGACGCCGCUUUUCAGCGAUGUCCAGCUUCAACGUUCAGAAAAGCUCCAGAUUAAGGUCCCCGGCAGGCUGAAGGAAGCACUGAAAGCAGCAAAGGAGAGCCUGGAGAAAAGGCUGCUAGAGGAGCAGAGACUGCUGCACCAACACAGGAGGUUGACCAGAGCUCAGUCUCAUCACUGCUCAGAGGAGGAGAAGAAGAAGAGAAAGAUCCUGGCGAGGAAGAAGUCCAGACAUUCAGCUUAUGAAAAUGAAGAAGAUGUCUCGGUCCGAAAUAACAAUAACUCUGGUUCUGGAGCUAGUUCCCCGCCCACAUGCCCCUCCUCCCCCACUCCCCCAUCAACCACAGGAUCCCACACUGCUCCUGCCCCUCCACCUCCUCCACCGCCACCUCCUCCCCCCUUACAGGACUCAUCCUCCUGUCCUCCUCCUCCUCUGUCCUCCUCUAAUGGAGCGGGAGGAGGCCGUGCCGCCUUGCUGAGCUCCAUCCAGACCUUCAGUAAGGGCAAACUGAAGAAAGCCGAUACCAUCGACCACAGCAAACCCAUCGUCUGACCACGUCCACUGACACAAUCUGUCCUCAAUAUGGCAACAUGACCGACACACCAGUUCUGCACUGUGGUGAAGGCCCUCCCCCAAGAUGUGAAAAAAUCACUAACGAAAGAUCCAAGUACAGUUUUUGUUUUUAUUGCUGUUUCUGCUUUUUCCCCCCCUCCUGCUUUUUUUAACUUUUAAUGUAUUGCUGUGGUUGGAGAGACUCGAGGACAGGUCGGGUAAAAUGGCGACCCCUGUUUGCCCUUUGAAACAUGCUGGACAAUCUUAGGCACCUUAAGGUUUUGUCUUUUCUGGUUACUUUGUCCUUAAAAGACAGACAACGGAUAAAAACCGGGAAACUGAAUCGGGUGAGCUUUUCUUCUGGCUGAUCUGCGGACAGCCAGCUGGCUUAAUUUUUGUUCUUUGUGCUUGUAAAAGUAGCACUUAAAAAUGUGUGAGAAGAAAUUGUGGAGCAACCAUGGAUUCCUGCCCCCUGCUCGAUGGUGAAGUUGCAUUUUGUGGAUAUAGGACUCUUAAUUUCAGUACUUCGAUGGUGUCAGAGUGCUUCACCAGUCCUGAGUAUGGAGUAGACCAAACUUUCCUUUUAAAUCAUCUCUGAACAGAUGAUUCAGGCUGAGGCCAGUUUCCUCACAACUGAGCUGCAAAACACACCUACAUGUCGUCUCUGUCUGUAAUUAACUCAUCGUCAUGCCGUGUAUUGAAUUAAAACAAAAUACCAAUGCAGUGCAUUGUGUUCAAGAAAAAGUCAACUUCCUGGUUUGAGAGUUUGAAAGCAGAAAAAAAGUUUAUUUGCUUCUUAUUGAUCUGCAGAUAUUUUUCAGUUGAGUAUCAAACAUCACAUUGAAAUUACAGACAGACAGAAAUGACUGGAGAGCAAAAGUGUUUAUUGCAGCACAAAAACAGUGGAGGUUUAACCGGCGCUCUGCUCAUUGGUCUGUUUCUCUGCAUUGCAUUUCCCCCAGUUGUCUCCACAGUUCUUCAGACUGUACCCUCUCUCUCACGAGCUCUAUAAGCAUGAAACAAUCCCAGUUUAGAUUGAUUCUGAACAUAUUUAUCUCCUUUUUCCCCCCCUUCUUUUGGACCAAACGGGCGCAAUAUUUUGCACGAGGCAGAGCACAAAACGAAGAGCAGCUAAAUGAAUAGGAAGCUACAAACUACACUACGUGUCUUUUCAUCCAGCUGUUUGUUUGUGCACACUUAUUUGAUGAUGGCAUGAGGGGGCAAUGAGAGGUUUAGGAGAAAUAACCCCCCAAGAAAUAAGAGGUGGGAAAAGUAUAAUGGAGGGAGAUGUGAUGUACAGUGUUUAAUAAAUUUAUUAGACCACCUGUUAUAAAAGAAAAACCAUUAGAUCAGAGCUAUAUCAUUAUUUAUGAGGCAAACUGAAUUCAUCUUUUUAAAGCCAAAUGUGAGCCGGCGCUCUGGAGUGCUGUGAGUGGAAGUCAGAAAUAAAUCAAUCAACAUUCAACCACAAGCUUUUCUGUUCAGAAAUACAAGAUGGCAUCUUAAUCAAAAUAUAUCAUGCUUUAAUUUUGUUCUUGUAAAACAGUAAAUUUCCAAAUUCAUGGAUAACAAAAACAAGUAUUAUUAUUAUUUUUCUUUUUAUUAUUAGAAAUAUUGUGAUUCAAAAACUUGCACAUUCUGCUACAGAAAUGAAUAAAAGAACAAAUUUGUUAAUUACCAAUACUGAUUACUUAUGCAGCUGUGGCAUAAACCUUAUGCUGGGAGGUGGACUAAUAAAUUUAGGCGCUGUGCGUGAAGCAAGUAACAUCUGUGUGAGGAAAUAAGGUGUGAUUGUGUGCAUCCCAGCUCCUUUCACUCACAGUUGAUGAAAACAGUUUCCCAGAAUUCUCCUUAGCUCUGCACUACAGUUGGAUUAAAGGGAAAUGAACAAUAACAUUAAUGUUCUCACCUGGUAUCCUCACAGUCUCUCAUUUUAGUGCAGCAUGAAUUUAAAAUUAGCCGCCUGCUGUUGAAGUUUAUCGUACAUCAUUGCGUCUGUACUGCCCCGCAUCAGAGCAACUUGGAUGCACAGCGACGAGCAGCUCGGCUUCUGAUUGUGUGCAGGGUCUUAAAUUAAUCUCGCAUCACAUUUUCUCCUGACCUAAAGUAAAUCCUCAAUUUUUUAUUUUUUUUUUUA